AUGUGGAGGAAGAAACCACACUGCCCGAUAUUGCAGGUCGGGAAACGAGAGGACGCUACCCCUGAGGGACUAGGAGUAGCCGCGUCAAACCAGAAUAAGUCCCACCGAUGCAAUGGUUGUAACCAAGAGGAAGUUUACGCUAACUUUAAACGUUGUUCCACCUGCAAACUGGUGUAUUAUUGCUCAAAAUCAUGUCAAAAAAGACAUUGGAGUGAACACCAAAUACUUUGCAAUGCCAUUAAGGAACAACUAAAUCAAAACAAUGAAACUCUCAGAGGACUGGGAGAUAGUUCAGACACAGAAAUGUUUACAAGUCACCUUUCUCCAAAGAAACACGCUGCAAUUGCUAAACUUGUUGGUCGCAAAUGCUUUGUUCGGUGUCUUGUAAAUGAUGUUGACAUGGAAGCGUUAUGGGACACUGGAGCUCAGGUUUCCAUUUUCCCGGAACAGGUACUGUCUGACAAUUUUUCUGAUUUGAAAAUACGUGAUAUUAGUGAAUUGCUUGGUGCGGGUUCUGGUCUGAAUUUAACUGCGGCAAAUGGGACGUCGAUCCCUUAUAAAGGCUGGGUGGAAGCUAGAUUUAGAUUAAACCGAGAAGAUGAAAAAGAAGUAACAGUACCAUUCUUAGUAACACCCGAACAGUUGGAACAACCAAUAAUUGGGUACAAUGUUAUUGAACUGUUUUUGCAAGAAGGUGAAAACUACUCAGAUAAUUUAUCAGUGGCACACCAUAUAGUGUCAAGUUUUAAUAAUGUUGGAGUGAAAGAUGCUGAGCAAUUGAUAAACAUUAUCCAAAGAAAUGAUGGGGAGUUGUUUUGCCAAGUAAAAACAUCCAAACGUCACAUUACAAUACCGAAGAAAGCUACCAAAACAGUACCCUGUCGAGCAAAUACGGGAACGAUUGAGAAUACAAGACCAGUGCUUUUUGAACCUGAUGAAAAACAAGAGUGGCCCCCCGGAUUAAUAGUUCAUGAAACCUUAACAUCUGUGAAAAAGGGAAAAUCCACAAUCAUGCAAGUGCAAGUGACAAACGAUACAAUGCAUGACAUCGUACUACCUGGACGGACUGUUUUGGGAAGCCUUGAACUUAUUCGUUCUGUUACACCAAUUGAGGUGAAAUUAAAGGAAAAUGUAGAUGAGAAAAGAGCUGAUAUGAAUUUUGGAAUGGAGAGACAGGGGACUAGUCAAACUAAGGACCCUUGCCAUUCAGCUGUAAAUUCUGAGAAAGAACAAUUCAUACCGGAAAUCGAUUUAAGUACUCUCACACCCGAACAGCAAACUUUGGUAAAAAACAUGUUGUAUGAGGAGCGAGAUACUUUUGCGAUCGACGAUGACGACAUUGGGUGCAUCAAGGACUUGAAAAUGGAGAUAAAUCUUACGGACAGACAACCGGUUCAGAAAAAUUACGCGUCCAUUCCACGUCCACUUUACCCGGAAGUGAAACACUAUCUGGAAGACCUACUGAACAAAAACUUUAUCAGACGAUCGAAGUCACCUUACUCUAGCAGCGUGGUGUGCGUCAGGAAGAAGGAUGGAACCAUGAGACUAUGUGUCGACUACCGGGCACUGAAUAAAAAGACCAUUCAAGACAGACACCCCAUCCCCAGGAUACAAGAAACCUUAGAUAACCUAGGGGGAAACUCCUGGUUCAGUACAUUAGAUCAAGGCAAAGCGUAUCAUCAAGGCUUUGUCAGCCCAGAUAGUCAACCAUUCACAGCAUUUGUGACGCCGUGGGGGCUUUACGAGUGGGUACGCAUCCCAUUCGGACUAACGAACGCGCCAGCUAGUUUCCAACGGUUCAUGGAAGGAUGCUUAGGGGAUUUACGUGACCAGAUAUGUAUUCCCUAUCUCGACGAUAUUAUUAUAUUUUCCAAAUCAUUCGAAGAGCAUGUUGAACACGUACGUCUAGUUCUGCAGAGACUGCAACAACAUGGUGUUAAACUGAAGCCAGGAAAAUGCAGGUUAUUCAAGCGUCAAGUAUCGUUUCUUGGGAGAAUAGUAUCAGAAAAGGGGUAUAACAUUGAUCCAAAAGCAACCGAAGCUGUCAUCCUGUUGAAGAGCAAAAUACCGCGAACUGUCGGAGAGGUUCGAAGAGUAAUUGGGUUGUUAGGAGUAUACCGACGUCACAUCAAAGAUUUUUCGAAGAUUGCUAAACCCAUCUAUGAGCUGUUGGAAGGGAAAGUGAACACUAAUCAGAACUCCAGGAAGAAUGGGCAACUGCCAUCGAACCAUCCUAUUCAGUGGUCUAUGAAACACCAGACGGCAUUAAAUACAUUGAUUGAUUGCGUCACCUCACCCCCGAUUCUAGCGUACCCUGAUUACAGUUCACCAUACGUUGUUCAUACAGAUGCUUCCCAGAACGGGCUGGGAGCCGUGUUAUAUCAGCGUCAAGGCGGAACGCUCCGUGUCAUCGCAUAUGCAUCACGCACAUUAACGCAAGCUGAGAAGAACUACCAUUUACAUGCGGGGAAGUUAGAGUUUCUUGCUCUAAAGUGGGCGGUCAGCGAACAAUUCAGGGAUUAUUUAUAUUAUGCACCAUCCUUCGUAGUCUAUACUGAUAAUAACCCACUGACUUAUAUUCUCUCGACAGCGAAACUUAAUGCGACCGGUUUGCGUUGGGUUGGGGAACUUGCAGACUUUAAUUUUGAGAUCAAAUAUAGACCGGGAAAAGUAAACAUCGACGCGGAUAGCCUGUCCAGAAUUCCUGCGGACUUCGAAAGAUUCAUGGACUCUUGUUCUGAAACGGUUUCAAAUCCGGAGUUCAACGCAGCAGUCUCUCAGAUUUCUUCCGUCAGCAAUGGUGAUUCCCCCUGGAUUACAUCAGUUACGGAUCAGCCGGAGGCCCUCGAGACAGACAAGUUAUUCUUGCCAGAGCGAGAAAACACCAUCCAGUUCAAACAGACAGAGAUCGCUAGAGCGCAACGAGAAGACCCAACGACAAGUCGGGUUCAGUGGUAUGUACGGGCGCGAAAGAAACCAACUCUCGAAGAAAGGCAACAAGAAACCCCUGAACUAAAGAAAUACCUCCGGGAGUGGCAUAAUCUCAUGAUCGACAGGAAGACCGGUAUUUUGUAUCGAGGCCAGCAACUUGUACUACCAACGAAGUAUAGAUCGUUAGUAUUUCGAGAACUACACGAGAAAAUGGGACAUCUUGGUCCAGAACGCGUUUUCAACCUUGCAAGGGAACGGUUCUAUUGGCCUGGAAUGAAGAACGAUAUUGAACAUUUUAUCACGCACGUAUGUAGUUGUGUUAAACAGAGAAAACCCACCUUUACCAACAGAGAACCACUUCACUCCAUUUCUACGUCCGCACCAUUCGAACUGGUAUCAAUUGAUUUUGUCCAUUUAGAGCGAAGUUCGGGAGGGUUCGAGUAUGUACUGGUCAUAGUCGACCACUUUACCAGAUAUACACAAGCGUAUUCAACACGGAACAAACUAAUAUACGCGUAUAAUUGUACGAAGCAUGAAUCUACUGGCUUCUCCCCGUUCUUGCUACUAUUUGGUAGACCGCCUCGUCUUCCCAUUGAUUUGAUGUUUAACUUAACAAGAAAAGAAGAAUCAAUCGGUUAUCCAGCUUAUGCCAAUAAAUGGAAGAAAGCAAUGCAGGAAGCUUACAUGUUAGCAUCCAAGUCUGCGGAGAAAGCGGCGUCUAAGGGAAGGAAACAGAGCGAUAAACGCGUAAGGUCGACUGUCCUCUUACCUGGUGACCGAGUGCUUGUUCGGAACCUAUCACCACGCGGAGGUCCAGGCAAAAUACGAGCGUUCUGGGAAGAGGAGAUUCACGUAGUGGUAUCGAGGAAGAAUCCCGAGAGUCCUGUUUAUGAUAUCAAACCCGAAUCAGGAAAGGGAAAGAUACGCACGUUGCACAGAAAUUUACUGUUACCUUGUGAUUAUUUACCGACAGCAACGCCAGAGACGAAGCGGGUAGAGAAAGUGAAAGAACGGACCCCGAUUAUACACACCCCAGAGGAUUCAGAAUCAGAUUCGGAGGGGGAGGAGGGACUGUCGCUGCCUCCAAACGAAAUGGACGAACUUGUACAGUUAAGCUUACGACCAGAGUCGGCAAACGACGCGACAGUGGACCCAAGUACAAAUGACGAGAUUAACCAGAGUAGGGAAGUACAUGGUAAUGAAAAUGACGCGAACAGGCUGAACAUACAAGUAGAAGAAACGAUGGAAACGCCGGGUGAUAUCGAAGAAACACCGCCGCAACCGGUUCGUCCACAAAGGCAAAGACAGCCACCGUUACGUUUUGGGUACAAUGAACCUGGUUGUCCUACGGGUGAAUUUCCUUUCAUUUGGCAAGACCCUAACGUGGGAUUAGUUCAAAUACGAGAUCCGUGGUUUGACCCACCUUGGAUUGGACCGAUACAACCUCCGAUGAUAUCAGUACCGUGGAUGAGUCCAAUACAGAAUCCCAUGUUCCACGCACAAGUUAUGAACCCUAUGAUAUCACCACCGCCUUUUGGUUACUACCCAACGUAUUAG